AUGUCGCCUUCUCCUCCUUCGCCACACACCUCUUUCCCCACACCACAACAUCACGGACACUUACCACAUCGAGCCGUCCAUCGAGGUCAAGGCCCAGCAACAUCAGCAAGCUCGGUGCUUCCUCGUAGCGAGCGACCAUCAAUCAUCAUGGAUCCUGGUCAGUUCAGACCAACUCCGAGUCUAUUCGUGAACGAGAACGAAUCUCCCGCGGUCGAGGGACGCAACCAGAGACCAGCGGCGGGCGAAACGCCAAGAGCCACAAUCGAGCAGCAGGACGAGCCCAUCCCCCAGCGAGCAGCCAGUCAGCAAUCCCAGACCCCACACGAUCUAACAACAAGCUACCUUCCCUCCCUGAACGCCGACGUCGAUGAUGACGAGAUCUGGCCAACUUUGCGCAAAGCCUACGCAAAAAUCUACUGGCAGGCCGCCAAUAUCCUUCAAGUACGCCUCGAACCCAAUACGCCAGAGUCGAAGCACCGGGACGAACUGCGCGUCUACGCCCGAGCAAUCAAAACUAUCUCAGAGCCCGAGUUCCGCAAACAGUCGGCAAAAGAAUGGCCGAAGCUUCCGAAUACGGCGUGA